CAUUAUACACGUGUUUUGCUUAUUUAAUUUUUAAUUAAUUUUAAACAUGAUUAAUUAAUUUUAAAUAUGAAUAAUAAAUUUGAUAGAUUUUAGCUAUUAAAUCUCUUUUCAAAAUGCAAGUAUCUUGUCCAAACAAUGUAAAAAUAUAUAACUUAAGUGCUGGGAAAUCUCUUCCAGAGUGGUUAUCUGAACGAAAAAGACGUGCUUUAUUAAAGAAAAAUAUUGAUAUACGACGUCGAAUUGAACUUAUUCAAGAUUUUGAUAUGCCUGGUAUUAGUACUUCUAUCAAAAUUACAAAUGAUGGACAAUAUAUUUUAGCAACAGGUAUAUAUAAACCACGUGUUAAAUGCUUUGAUGUAAAGAAUCUAUCUUUAAAGUUUGAAAGAUGUUUUGAUUCGGAAGCUAUUGCUUUUGAAAUAUUAUCAGAUGAUUAUAGUAAAUUAAUAUUUUUAUGUUGCGAUAGAAGCAUUCAAUUUCAUGUUGCUCAUGGAAAAUAUUACAUACUUAGAGUACCUCGUUUUGGAAGAGAUAUGAAAUAUCAUUAUCCAUCUUGUGAUAUUUUUGUUGUAGGAGAUAGUAACGAAAUUUACAGAAUAAAUCUUGAAAGAGGACAAUUUUUACAAUCUUUUUUAACAGAGGCAUCAUCAUUAAAUAAAUGUGAAAUAAAUCCUAUACAUCAUCUUCUUGUUAUUGGAACAGAAGAUGGAACAAUAGAAGCAUGGGAUCCUCGUGCUAGAAAUAAAGUUGGUAUUUUGGAUUGUGCUUUGCAUUGCAUUAAUCAAGAUAAUAAAUUAGAAAAAAUUCCUGCAAUUACUAGUUUAAAAUUUCAAGGAAGUUUAACAUUUGGAGUGGGCACAUCAACUGGACAAGUAUUAUUAUAUGACAUUCGUUCAAACAAACCAUUUUUAGUAAAAGAUCAUAUGUAUGGUUUACCUAUUAAAAAUAUUGAAUUCCAUAAGAAAAUGGAUAUAGUUUAUUCUAUGGAUAGUUCCAUAGUAAAAAUGUGGGAAAAAAAUAGUGGUAAAUUAUAUACAUCUAUAGAAGCACAACAUGAUUUUAAUGAUAUGUGUAUUAUACCAAAUACAGGAAUGCUUUUAAUUGCUAAUGAACAUACAAAAAUACAAACAUUCUAUGUUCCAUCUCUUGGUCCAGCUCCCUCAUGGUGUAGUUUUCUGGAUAAUCUUACAGAAGAACUAGAAGAAUUAAAUUAUGAAAUAAUCUAUGAUGAUUAUAAAUUUAUAACUGAGAAAGAUUUGGAUGAAUUAGGUCUUUCACAUUUAAAAGGCACCAAUCUUCUUAGAGCUUACAUGCAUGGUUAUUUUAUAGAUAUGCGAUUAUAUAGAAAAGCAAGAGACGUAAUGAAACCAUUUGAAUUUGAACAAUAUAAAAAGAAGAAAAUACAACAAAAAAUAGAAGAAACUUGCAGUAGUAGAGUACAGAUUCAAAAAAUACCAAUUGUAAAUAAAGAACUUGCAUUAAAAUUAAUGGAUAAUGAAACAAAUGAGAAAAAAAAAAGAAAAAGUUCUUCUAAUCUUCUAACAGAUGAACGUUUUAAAGAAUUGUUUAUUAAUCCAGAUUUUCAAGUAGAUAAAACUUCAGAAGAGUACUUAUUAUUAAAUCCUGUCAUUUCACAACUCAGUAAGAGUAAAGCAAAGAAGCUAAAGGCCAAAGAAGCUGAAAAAGAAAUAGAAGAAAGAAUAGAAAUUGAUGAUGUGGAAAACGAACACUAUGAUAAUAGUUCAGAUGAAAGUUUUAUCCAUGAUGAUAGUAGUUCAGAAGAUGAAAAAUUAUGGGUUAAAGAAGUGAAAAAUCAAUACCGAUUGAUAAAGAAGAAUGAAAAACGAAUACAAGAAAAUAAUGAUGAAUAUGUUGAGAAUGAACCUCAACUUUAUGAAAUUAAAGAAAAUGUAGAAUUCAAAGAUGCAAAACCUAUAGCAAAAAAGCAAAACAAGACUACUUUAGGAGAAAGAUUGAAAAAUCAUGAAAAUAAUGAUAUUAAAAUUUCUGCUUCUCGUGGAAACAGAGAAAUAACUUUUAUUAGUGAAAAGAAUAAACAAACAAAACGAAGAAAGUUACAUGUGGAGAGGCAUGGAGAAGGAUAUAAACAUCUAUUAAGACCAGCAGGAAUUUUGAAAAGGAUGAAACGUUAAUAUUUAUUGUAAUUAUUUUAUUAAAUAUUAAAUAAUUAUUUUUUUUUAAAUAAAAAUAUCUUUAUC